AGCAAUAGGCAGUGAAGGCAGAAAGGCACCAGAGAGAGGUAGGGGGAGAGAGAGGGGGAGAUUGAGCGAGAGACAGGGAGGCAGAGAGGGAGGGAGGGAAUGGCGACAGAAGACAACAUCGACAUACAUCGAACGAAGCACUGACAGAGAUGAUUGACUAUAUCAUCAAGGAGAAGACAGUGCUUCUGCAGAAAAAAGACAGUGAGGGUUUUGGCUUUGUGCUGAGAGGAGCCAAGGCUCAGACCCCCAUCGAGGAGUUCACUCCCACCCCAGCCUUCCCAGCACUGCAGUACCUGGAGUCUGUCGACGAAGGAGGCGUGGCCUGGAGAGCCGGUCUGAGAAUGGGAGACUUCCUCAUUGAGGUGAAUGGUCAGAAUGUGGUGAAGGUGGGACACAGGCAGGUGGUCAACAUGAUCAGGCAAGGUGGAAACGCCCUCAUGGUCAAGGUUGUCAUGGUGACACGCAACCCUGACAUGGAGGAUGGCCAGAGAAAGAAAAUCCCCCAGCAGAGUAAAAGACUAAGCACUCCGGCCAUCGCUCUCCGCUCCAAAUCCAUGACCUCAGAACUGGAGGAGAUGGGUAAGACAUGGGGGAUAUGGGUUGGGUUCUGGGUAGAGACAGGAAAGACAAGGACAGAGGAGGAAGGAGACCAGGAACAUACGGAGAGGGAAAGAAGAAGAAAGAAGAAGGAAUACAAAGGAAUGUAGAGGGAGAUGUACGUCUGGAGAUAGAGAGAGAUGAUGAGAAGAGAAGGUGAAAGACAGGAGGGAUGGGUAGAGCUUAAGAUACAUGAAGU